CUCCCAGGGUCCCUCUACUGCGCAUGGCACGUUGCGUACCUCCCUCCCAACAACCGGCCUGGCGGCUGCGCGACCAUAAAACUGAGGAGGCGGAGCUGAGACGGGUCAGGACUGCUCGCUAACUCCAGGAACAGGUUUAAGUUUUUGAAAUUGAAAUAGGUCUACACAUUAGGAACUCAUGUCUUUUCUUGUAAGUAAACCAGAGCGAAUUAGGCGGUGGGUCUCGGAAAAGUUCAUUGUUGAGGGCUUAAGAGAUUUGGAACUAUUUGGAGAGCAGCCUCCGGGUGACACUCGGAGAAAAACCAAUGAGGCGAGCUCAGAGUCGAUAGCAUCCUUCUCUAAACAAGAGAUCAUGAGUAGCUUUCUGCCAGAGGGAGGGUGUUAUGAGCUACUCACCAUUAUAGGCAAAGGAUUUGAGGACUUGAUGACAGUGAAUCUAGCAAGGUACAAACCAACGGGAGAGUAUGUGACGGUACGGAGGAUUAACCUAGAAGCCUGUUCCAAUGAGAUGGUGACGUUCUUGCAGGGGGAGCUUCAUGUCUCUAAACUCUUCAACCAUCCCAAUAUUGUGCCAUAUCGGGCCACCUUUAUUGCAGACAAUGAGCUGUGGGUUGUCACAUCAUUCAUGGCAUAUGGUUCUGCAAAGGAUCUCAUCAGUACCCACUUCAUGGAUGGCAUGAACGAGCUGGCGAUUGCUUACAUCCUGCAGGGAGUGCUCAAGGCCCUGGACUACAUCCACCACAUGGGAUAUGUACACAGAAGUGUCAAAGCCAGCCACAUUCUGAUCUCCGUGGAUGGGAAGGUCUACUUGUCUGGUUUACGCAGCAACCUCAGCAUGAUCAGCCAUGGGCGGCGGCAGCGUGUGGUCCAUGAUUUUCCCAAGUACAGUAUCAAGGUCCUGCCUUGGCUCAGCCCGGAGGUCCUCCAGCAGAAUCUUCAGGGUUAUGAUGCCAAGUCUGACAUCUACAGUGUGGGAAUCACAGCCUGUGAACUGGCCAAUGGCCAUGUCCCCUUUAAGGAUAUGCCUGCCACCCAGAUGCUGCUGGAGAAACUGAAUGGCACAGUGCCCUGCCUGUUGGAUACUAGCACCAUCCCCGCCGAGGAGCUGACCAUGAGCCCCUCGCGCUCAGCAGCCAACCCUGGCCUGAAUGAGAGCCUCGCCCCCUGCACACCCCGGCCCUCCAACGGCGACUCACCCCCCCACCCCUACCACCGAACCUUCUCCCCCCACUUCCACCAUUUUGUGGAGCAGUGUCUUCAGCGCAACCCAGACACAAGGCCCACUGCAAGCACCCUCCUGAACCACUCUUUCUUCAAGCAGAUCAAGCGACGUGCCUCAGAGGCUUUGCCUGAAUUACUUCGUCCUGUCACCCCCAUCACCAGUUUUGAGGGCAGCCAGUCCCAGGAUCACAGUGGAAUCUUUGGCCUGGUAACAAACCUGGAAGAGCUGGAGGUGGACGACUGGGAGUUCUGAGCCUCUGCAGACGGUGCACAUUCUCCAGCCCGGGACAUGGGAGCCUCCAGGGGCCCCUCCUGAGGGCUGGCCACAUUCCUACCCUCCCGGGUGCAGAUUGGGUAGAAAGGACAUUCUGCCAGGAGAGUUGGCUGCUUACUGAUUAGGAAAGAAAUUCCUGGAGAGACUUUUCUUCACUGCUGCUCCAAGGCUUUUGAGACACAAGGGAUCAGGAAGCGUCAGAAAGCUGACAUCCCCAGUCCUGUGAGCUUAGGCCACCUCUUGAGAAGGAAGGGAUGCUGAUCUGGCCCUGGUGGCUGAAGUCCAAGCCCAGUGUUUAACUCCUCGGCCCAGGGAACUGUGUCACCUCUUCCAGCACUUGCUGUCCUGCCAGCCUAAUUCCAUUCUUUUCCUUUGCCCUCAGGUCCUGUAGGUCCACAGAGCAAGUAAUAAGCAGCCUGCUUCCCUUCCCCUCGUACCUCUCCCUAGUAAUUGAAAGGAAGGGUAUUUCUGCGUUUUUAAGCACCAGGUUAAAGCUGGGGCAGUCCAUCCUUAUUCCUCUUGUCACCUGGGCCCGGACACCUAAAACUUCCCAUCGCUUAUCUGUGUAGCUCAUUCCUUUCCCACCAAGAGUCCAUCUUCACGCCUCCUGCCAGCUGCCCGGUGCUGUCUCUGAGGGCCAUAAUGUCUUGCCUAGCCUGAGAGCUUAAGUCCUUAUGCUGUGUUAAUUCCAUUGUCAGAAAAAUUAAAAUUUUCAGAGACUCCAUCA